UUUGAUGGAGGGGAGGGUUUUUAUAGCCUAAAUGGAUGAUGGGAUAUUUGAUAGGAAUUUGGUACAGCAGUCCGUCUAUCGGUAGUCUAUUCUACUCACCUCUGUCGUCUAUAGUAACAGUACUGUCUAUACUACUUAGGUUGCCAGGUAACAAAGAGUAUCUGCUUCCUUCUCUCACUCUUGUUGAUGGGUUUCUCUGGUGAUAUUCCCGGUUCCGCUGCUGCUGCUGCUGCUGGAAGGACCUGCUCGACCACCUCCCACCAGGUAUUUCUUCCCCUCCUCCCCCUCCUCCUCUCUCUUCCUCUUCUCUUCUUCUCCCCAACACCAUCUGGUUGUUUGAUGCUAGUAUCGUCUCGCACGUAUACGUUCCUCAAGCCCUCUCGUGUUUCCAGCUUCUUGCUACUGCUUCCCUCUACCUGUCUUCUCUCUCUCUCUCUCUCUCUCUCUCUCCCGAUCUCCCCUCUUCUUCUUCUCCUCCUCUUCUCCUUGACCUCGAUCAGACUUGCUGCAAUGGCUCGUCUGUGCCUCCCAGGUCUCACUCAGGUUCCCGGGAGCAAGGCAGCUCGCUUCAAGACACAGCCAGCAUUUCGGUGCUUGCCACGGACUGUUGUCUUCCGCGCCAACCGCGAGUCCUUGUCCUCCCGGAUUCCUUCUCCUCCUCCUACCCCCUCUCCUCCUAGCCCAGCCUCGCCUGCUGGUGGUCGCUCCUUUACCGAGAUGAGUCGUGGCUCUCGUCUCCCCAUUCGUAAGGUUGUCCCCCCAACACCUUGCACUGUCUCUCCUUUGCGGUCAGCCCCCACCGCGUCUUCUACUUCCCCUUCUCUAGAAGCGAGACGGGCAGCUCGACAGGCCCGGCAGCGACCUUGGUCGCAGCCAGUCAAGACAACCCCCCGUCAGGAGGGUUCCUCCUGUUCCGCUGCCGCCCGUACCCCUCGCUCCGUCGUCGUCCGCCCGCCCCCCGUUCAGCCCGUCGCCGUUCCCGGUGCCUCGGCGCGCAAGGCGAUCGCGCUCAUCGAUGCCGCUCUGGCCAAACCCAGGCCGCGUCGAGCCCAGGAGACCACUCCGGUGGUCUCUGACAAGAAAAAGCGUGUCCGUUUUGGCGACGCCACGGUGCACCACGUCGACCCCUGGAUCGUCCGCAGCGAGCACGUCUUCCCCGCCCCUGGCCGGAUACUGGGCCUCCUGGUCGGCUGGAAGGUCACUCCCCUCGCGAUCCCCGACGAAUACGGCGAGACCGAGAAGUACUCGACAAGCUGGGCGUCCGACAGCGCCUCCAUGUACGCCGACCACGUGCAUGGCCCCAAAUACUGCGACCCCGAUUGUUGUGCGUGGGCAAGCCUGGCCCAAGUGGCCAGAGCAAACCCAACCUGCAACCUUCGCCAGGUCAAAAAGAUUUGGCUAGCCAUGCGUUGGAAGGCGAGGCGGAUGGGUCACUUCUUUUUGUGAGUUUCCAUAUCCUCCAUGUCGCUCCUUCCUUCCCUCCCUCCCCCGACCCCUUGUCACUCUUUCUUCUUGUGUAACUCCCUUGAUGGGAGCAUAUUGUCUUUUUCUUUUCUUCUGUUUCCUUUGUUUUUNNNNCAAAAAAAAAAAAAAAAAAAACACAAAAAAAUUUGAUUAUCAAAAAAUCAUCCUAAAGAAUCUCCCGCGAGAAGCGGAUUUCUGUUGUUGCACACUCUUUUUUUUGUCUUCCCAUUGUCAUUCCU